AAACGAAAUUUCCCCAAAUCUCAGACAGUGGGCGAGAGAGAGAGAGAGAGAGAGAGAGAGAGAGAGAGAGAGAGAGGCUGUAAAGAUUUAGCAGAGAGAGAAGCAAGGCGAAUAAUCCCCCGCCGGCAACCUGCCUUCUCGGCUGGUCUUCGUCCGCUCUCAAUCAAGAAUUUGAAUUGAAACCCUCCCUCAAUUUCAACCAAUCAACGUUCCCCACAAACCCAUCUCUAUCCCCCACCAUCCCCGCAAUUCGUUCCGCAUUUCUCCCAAAUGCCGGCUUCCCCUUCUUUCCCUUCCUCUGAUGGCAGAGGCAAAUGGAAGAGGCGGAAGCGCGAGCCGCAGAAUCCCCGCAAACCCAAGCACGACGACUCCGACGACGACUACGACACCGCUACCCCACUCGACGAUGAAACCCACCUCGACCGUGAGGGUUCCGAGGAUCCUACCCCCGUCAACCCUUUUGCUGCUACUCGCUCCUCCGCGGCUCCCGAUCCGGUCGAGGUGCUUGCUGACGGUGGGGUCCGGGUCUGCGACUUCCCUCCCGUCGUUAGGCGCGCCGUGAAUCGCCCGCACGCUUCCGUUCUCGCGAUUGUGGCUGCCGAGCGGGCCAAUUUGCGCGGGGAAGCUGGCAGUGGUGGCGGCAGUGGUAGAGGGUUGCUCCCCAAUUUGGAGAAUUUGUCGUGUGGGCAGAUGGCGGCGUUGUCUGCUGUCCCUGCAGAGAGUGGUGUUGGUGGUGGGGAUCAGGAGAGAAGUGAUGGUGGUAAUGCUGCCUUUGUGGUAACGCCUCCUCGGAUUAUGGAGGGAAAAGGGGUUGUCAAGCGGUUUGGGAAUAGGGUUCUCCUGGUCCCUAUGCAUUCAGAUUGGUUCACACCUACGACUGUGCAUCGGCUGGAGAGGCAAGUGGUUCCUCAUUUCUUCUCAGGAAAAUCAACUGAUCAUACACCAGAGAAGUAUAUGGAAUGUAGGAACCGCAUUGUUGCUAAAUACAUGGAGACUCCUGAUAAGCGGCUAACAGUUUCAGAUUUUCAUGAAUUGGUGGUACCUGGCGUCAGUGACGAAGAGUUGGCUCGAAUUGUUAGGUUUUUGGAUCAUUGGGGAAUAAUCAAUUAUUGUGCAGCUGCACCAAGUCGUGAAUCUUGGAAUGUUGGAUCGUAUUUGAGGGAGGAUGCAAGUGGUGAGGUUCAUGUGCCGUCAGCAGCUUUAAAGUCUAUUGAUAGUUUAAUCAAAUUUGACAAGCCCAAAUGUAGGCUUAAGGCGGCUGAUGCUUAUUCAUCAUUGUCAUGUCAUGGUGAUGAUCCCGCUGACUUGGAUAACAGAAUUCGAGAGCGAUUAUCUGAAAAUUGUUGCAAUUACUGUGGUCAUUCCCUUCUCACUAUAUACUAUCAGUCACAAAAAGAUGUUGAUAUCCUACUAUGCUAUGAUUGCUUCCAUGAUGGUAGAUUUGUUAAUGGCCAUUCAAGCUUAGAUUUUUCCAAGGUGGAUUCGACAAAAGAUUAUGGUGAUGUAGAUGGAGAAAGCUGGACUGAUCAAGAAACGUUACUCCUGCUUGAGGCAAUGGAGAUCUACAGUGAGAAUUGGAAUGAAAUUGCAGAGCAUGUUGGCAGCAAGUCAAAAGCACAAUGCAUCCUGCAUUUUCUGCGACUACCGAUGGAGGAUGGCCUUUUGGAAAAUGUCGACGUUCCAAAGAUUUCUAACUCCACUAGUGUAUCAAAUGGAGAUGACUGCAGUGGGUUGCAUUCGAGUUCAAACGGAUCCUGCACAUUAGAUAAUGAUUCAGAAAGCCGGCUGCCUUUUGCAAAUUCCGGGAACCCAGCCAUGGCAUUGGUAGGUUAUUACAAUUGACUGAUCUUCCUUCACUACUUUCAUUGAUUUUUAGAUCAAGCUUCAAGUUAUGACCGGUAAAUGGAAAAUGGUGGGCUCUACACAGAGGUAGAGUUUGGAGAGCAAGUUGGACUUGCUUCAGCUGUUGUGUUUGCAUCUAAGAUGUGUAAUGUGUUGCGUAGGUUGCAUUUCUUGCCUCUGCUGUUGGUCCAAGAGUUGCUGCUGCAUGUGCUCAUGCAUCCUUGGCAGCAUUAUCCGAGGAUAGUAGCUGUGACUGAAGUGAGGAUGAAUGCUGACCAAGUACAAGGUAGACAAGACAAUAAUAAUGGAGAAAUUGCAGAUUCAGUCCACCAAAAUGAAAUCGUGGCUGCGGCAUUAUCUGCCGAGAAGGUUAAAGCUGCAGCCAGAGCUGGUCUUGCUGCUGCUGCAACCAAGGCUAAGCUCUUUGCAGAUCAUGAAGAGCGUGAGAUUCAGAGGCUUUCUGCCAUUAUCAUUAAUCAUCAGUUGAAGAGGUUAGAGCUGAAGCUGAAGCAGUUUGCAGAGGUAGAAACUCUUCUAAUGAGAGAAUGCGAACAAGUGGAGAAGAUGAGGCAGAGGUUCUCUACAGAGCGAGCUCGAAUGAAGUCGACCGACGUGGGGUCCUCGCUGCCCAUGUCUCAUAUAAAUCGAGCAGGCGUUGAUCCUUCUUCCAUGCCAGCCAAUAACAUGGUCAACAACAUCAGACCACAGAUGAUGCCCACCACAUCUUCUCAGCCGAUUGUUGCUGGGUAUGGCAACAACAGUCAGCAGCAGCAGCAAGUAGUCCAUCCGCAUAUGCCCUUCAUGCAACGAGGUCAAUCGAUGUUUUCCAUGGGGCCCAGGCUACCCUUGUCAGCUAUACAGCCUUCGUCUUCAGGCGGGCAGGCCAACGUCAUGUUCAAUGCUUCUUCUGGGAAUACGCAGCCUAAUAAUAAUCUUAAUCAAAUUCUUAGGUCUGUAUCAGGGCCUAGCUCUGGUCUAGGUUGAAAAUGAAACCCUAACUUUUUUCCUGGACUCGAAUUGAGAGUUCAGAGCAUGUUGCUAAUUUGAGCUACAGAAGAGGCCCUGGCUUCGCCACCAUUUGUACAUCACUUAGGGAAUUUAGUGUGUAGGGCUUGUAACAGAGUACAAAUGUUUCGCCCGAGAUGACGAGUUUCGUGAAAUGAAUUUGGGGUAGAUUCAUAUAUCCAAUGUUGGAAAACUUACAGUUGUCUAUGAAGGGGCUCACUGUAAUAUGUUCUGAGAUACUGUUUCUUAGUGUUGUAAACAGAUGUUGGCAGGAGUGAAUGGUGAGGCAUUGUUGAGGCUACGUCGGCCUUAACCAUACCUAAAAUAGAUAUUCAUGUUGAGAAACCUAGUUACAAAAUUAGAUAUUCAACAUUGCAUUUAGCAUG